UCAGUUUUGAGGCUGCUGAAAGUGGUCAAAGAAACAAACUACUGCUUUGCAGUCACUCUAGGACACUGUGGGAUGUGGAAAAAUUCAGACUGAAAGAUAAUCAGAUUCUCUACUGUUGCUUGCUUGCUGCUGAAGGAGCUGAAAGUGAACUGCCCCAAGAAUAAAAUUGACCAGGACUGAUUAAAAAAUAAUAAAAUGGGCAGCCUUCAGUUGGAUGAUUUUGUAGCUGGAUGGGUAGGAGGAGCUGCAGGUGUAAUUGUGGGGCAUCCUCUGGACACAGUAAAGACUCGCUUACAAGCUGGACAAGGCUAUGGAAGUACAUUUAACUGUGUCCUCACUGUGUACAGAAAUGAAACUGCUGCUGGAUUCUUCAAGGGAAUGUCAUUUCCACUGGUUAGCAUUGCUGUCUACAACUCAGUGGUAUUUGGUGUCUUCAGAAAUACUCAGAGACUCAUUAGCCAGCAUCGCUAUGGGAAUGCUAACAGUCCUCCAACUCUUAUGGACUUAGCAUUGGCGAGCAUGGCAGCAGGGGCUGUGUCUGUAGGAAUUGGUGGUCCAGUUGAUCUAGUGAAGAUACGGCUACAGAUGCAGACCCAAACUUUCCUUGAAGCCAGCCUAAAUCAACACAGGGUCACUGGCAUUUCCAUACAAACUGCCUACAGAGGCCCCGUUCACUGUGUUGCUGCAAUUCUACGGCAGGAUGGCUUAGCUGGACUAUAUCGAGGUUCUAGUGCUAUGAUCCUGAGGGACAUUCCUGGAUAUUGCCUCUACUUUAUCCCAUACACAUUUCUCUGUGGAUGGAUCACCCCUGAUGGAUGCCUGUCUCCUAGCCCCUUUUCUGUGUGGAUAGCUGGUGGUAUUGCAGGAGCAAUAUCUUGGGGAACCGCUACUCCUAUGGAUGUUGUGAAGAGUCGUCUUCAAGCAGAUGGGGUUUAUUUCAAGAAAUACAAAGGAGUAAUUGACUGUAUCUCCCAAAGCUAUCAUAAGGAUGGUCUAAAGGUCUUUUUUAGGGGGUUCACAGUGAAUGCAGUGCGUGGAUUCCCAAUGUGUGCUGCCGUGUUUCUUGGAUAUGAACUUUCACUCAAAGCCAUAAGAGGCCAAGCGGAGAAAAAUCCUUGACUUCCAGGUUUUUUUCUUUGCUCCUCCUGAAGGGUCUUCUGCACUUUUCACUUUCUGAGCCAAAUCAACGUCACAGCCUUGAGGAGGGACUUGAUGUCACUAACAUGGAAUAUAAACUGAAGAAACUUCAUUAUGCCAGAGAAUUGCAUCUGGUGUGGACUUCCUAUGAGCUACAAGUAGGCAUGAGCUGAAAUCUGACCCAAACCCUCUUGAUCUAAAAUGUAUCUUUUAAAAGCUGGAGGUAACUUUAAAAUGUAUGUGGUAGUCCAACAAUGACCAAAACUUUUUGGCAGUCUGCUUUCUCAGUUAUUGGCCACCAUGCCAUUUCUACAAGUGUCUAUUACAAAGUAAUUGGAUUCCACUCUAGAAAAAUCAAAUGUAAUAGCGUAUGGAUGUUUCUUUGCAAUUGCUAGUCAUGGCUCAUAUGUGAUGCAACUGUAUUCCUUGCCUUUGUAUGACUAAAUAUUUUAUCCAUCAGAUGACAAGAAUGAAUGUAAUAACCCCUAUAAAACAGCAGGUUUUUUUUAAUUAAAGUGAUUUUACACUUU